AUGGUACGGUAUUACAAGGGGUACUGCACGACUGCCUUCUCUGUUUCUCCCUUCCAUUUUCUUUCACUCCCCCCUGCCACCAGAAUAGGGCAGCUCAAUUAGGAAGAUACUGUAGGUAAGAGUUUAGUCGAGUAUGCGUAUGUUGAUGUGUGUGCGUUUUAGAAGGUAAUCCGGAGUCAAUCCACAGUAUAAAGUCACCCAUCUGCUCCUGUAUUUAUUCCCCUCUUCCUCCCAACCGUCUCACAGGAUCGUAAAACAUCUUUGUAUCAACAUCUUUGAUCUACUUUGUUCAUCUUUUGUGGCUCCCAAUACAUUCGUUACCACCGGUCUUUAAUCUUUCCGGGAGUUUUCGAAGGUUAAAUAGCCAAAGUUAUCUCACCCACUAAUCAAUCAUAAUGAAGUUCUCAUUCGUUGCCGUCGCUGUCAGCAUCGCCGCUGCUGUCUCCGCUCAGACUUGGGUUGAUAUUCCCGGAUGUGCUGUACGUAUUUUGAUAGAUAUAUCUGCUGGUUUCCUGACUGGAACAACGAACUGAUACGGCAUGAAUAGUUGAACUGCAUUCCCAACAAUCCCCCAAGUGGUUGCUCUCCCGGCGAUGUUGCUUGCGCUUGCCGCGCCGCCGGGUUCGUCUCUGGUUCUGUUUCUUGCAUUCGGCAGAACUGCCCGAUCCCCGACCAGCUGGGUAGGUUUUAAUAUCACGAUGAUUCUUUAUGAAAUAGUUUACCAACAAUAACCCCGUAACAGUUGCCAUCAACGCCAUUAUCGCUGCCUGCACUGCCAAUGGUGUUAAUAUUUCCACGACCUUUGCUGUCCCGGAGCCCACCGCCACCCGGACCGCUACCACCGGAGCUAUAAUAACUGCCACUCCAAGCAGGUACGAUGCUUCCGGUACCGUUACCAGGCCCUUCACCACCGGUCGUCCCACCGCCAUCCCAACUCCUGGUGUCGCUGGUAACCGCACCGCCAACAUUACAGGACCUAUUACUGUUCCCACCAGCAUUGGCAGCGCAGCUGAGCGUCUUACCACAGCUCUCAGCCUCAUCGGACUGAGCAUUGCUGCCGUCUACCUCUCGCUAUAAAAUCGCUCUUCAAGCAACCUCACCCCGCCUUCCACAAAGCGGAGGGAUGUUGAUGAAUAACGGUUUGGUUAAUCAUGGUAUUAUGCGCCCUCGGUUCCUGGGAGGUUUCUGGCGUUUUAUUUAUAUGGAGAAAUGGUCCAACGAAUAAUGUGGGAUUGUCACUUUAGGGGAAAGGUUAAUAUAUGGGUUACUGAGAAAUAUUCUUGAUUUUUUCUCUUGGUUUUUUUUAAUGGCAUGUGGAUGGAGGUUUCUCGGUAUUUAUUACUUUGCCGAAUACUUAACAAGCGGCUGUCAUGGGGGGACCUUUGGCCCCCAAUAAUGUGUAUACUCGGAUUUUUCGUCCUGCAGAAUCUUACUUUUUAUACUU